UCAUAGUGGCCCGCAAAAGUACACAAAGCUAUUAACCGCAGCGACAUACAAUGUAACAUAUACAAAAGAAAAGAGGAGCGCUAGAUAACUCCACCUAUAGGAAUCGAUCACUGUCCUGUCAACAGAGUUAAUGUAAUUUCCUGGGAGGCUAAGCGCCGCACGUGUCUGUACUCGUAUUACUAAACACAGUAAUGCAGCAGUUGAUGUUGACACUAGUUCGUUUGUUUUCUAGAUUGCUGCUGUUGAGUUGAGACAGCACGAAUAACAAUAAUACCACGAGGCGUAACACGUUCUGAAGACACAUUUGAUGUAGUGAUAGAUAGAGGAUUUGUCUGCGCCGUUCUGAUGCUAAUCUCCAUGAUUUAAUGACUAAUUUGUUUUUUGAUACAAUCGCAAAUGUACUUUAGUAAACUCUUAAGGAAUGUUUUCCAAAUCAAAUUACAUUUUUUGGAAGUUUCUAAAGGCUUAAUAACGCUCUCUCCUGUAAUUCUUUAAUCAUCUUAGCAUUGAUGCAUCAUUUUUGUACGUUUGUUACUGGCUGACAGAGUUACUAAGGGCGGUGAAGGUCGAGCGCUCUUGAGUCCAUAAAAUUACUUAUGAAAACAAACCGAACGACAACCCCAAACAAACUUGAAGCUUGUAUUUUUGUAAGGAAUGCUCUGGACCGGAAUUCACUGUGAGCUGACAGCCAAAUCAAAUUGAGUCCAGAUGCUACAUUACAUUCCAUCUUCGUACCGCGGGCACUCAUUCAUAAGAGGCACAACUUAGAUUAUGAUCGAGUGGGAAGUGACAGCCGUAAGCUAAUGCAGUACCAUUAGUAUACAACUCGCCCUAGUAACUCGUGCUUCAGAGAAAAUCCAGACCACUACUCCAUCAAGCACGACAGUCUUCUGUACACAUCAAGCCAUUGUGGGUGGCCAUUAUUGACCAGUUUGCGGCACGUUGAAGUGAUCCACACACGCGCAUAGAAACAUUUCAGCUAAUCAUCACGAUAAAGAUAGAGCAGAAUUUAUUGGCGGAAAGAUAUGGAUACGAGAGCAGGAAAUUCAUUCAGUUCCUUUGGAUUUGAAAGAUUGAGGAUGGAUGGCGCUGUGGGAUUUAGUGCAGGAAGCGACAUGAUCGACAACACACCACAAUUUGUAUCGGUCAGUGCAGAUAGAGAACAGCGUAAUGACGAGCAGGCUAUGGUUUACCAGACCCAUGAUUACAUCCCUUCCAUGCCGCUGUGUUAUUACCCAGCUAUAAAACCCAGUCAAGAUCCACCACAAGAUGCAGUAGUCACAAUGAACACGACGCACACCAAACCGUAUCUCACUGACGACGUUAAACCACCGUUUUCUUACAUCGCGUUGAUCACAAUGUCGAUCCAAGCUUCUCCGUACAGAAUGCGAACACUUAACGAGAUCUAUGAAUUCAUUAUGAAUAGGUUUCCUUACUUCAGGAAAAACCAGCAAAAAUGGCAGAAUUCUAUUCGCCAUAACCUGUCGUUGAACGAUUGCUUUGUUAAGGUACCGCGUAGUGUAUUCGGAAAACCAGGAAAGGGGAAUUAUUGGACGCUCCAUCCUUCGUGUGGAGACAUGUUUGGCAGUGGAAGCUUUCUUAGAAGGCCUAAGAGAUUCAAAUGUCGAUUUCCACAGCGAUCCAACGAGCCUGCGUUUGUACGUAAAGUUAAUUCCUUUCACCAUUUUAGUUUGUACGAUACUUGGGCGCAUCUACAGCCUGCUUACAGCAGUAAUUUCUACAUGGGACGUCCAGUAAGACAAAUCGAACUAACAGCACCAUAUCCUACGCUAGACUUGUACCACAACCACGAAGCUCUCUCAACAAAACACUACAAAGCUCGUAGCUUUCUCAUCGAGGAUUUGAUGUCCAAAGACACUAGAGAAUGUGAUGCGAAAUAGAAGAGAAAAGAACUUUGGAAACGCAUAGAAUUGACUGUUAUAUUGUGCACAAUUCAUACUCAGUUAUUGCGGCGUAAGUGCUCAACUCAAUGUGACGUUUGAGGUACACUUUUGUGCAAUAUUGUCAACACGCUUCCAUAAAAUCGUUCAUAGAUUAGUGAGUAAGUUUUACAAAGACUAAACUUAUUGCCCCUCGAGUUAGAGUUCUUUCAAACGUUCAUGUUGUUCUGGUUAUUAAUAUUUACUGGCGAUACUCUAGAUUCUUUGCUCUAAUUUUCACAAAUCAUUAGAACUCUCUUGUGUCUGUCAUUGAGUGAUUGGUUAAGUAAUCAUUUUGUUGAAAUAAUCUUUAUGGUGUAACAAGGUUGGACUAGGCUUUUAGCUGGAGAAAAAAGAUCAAUCUUUGUACAGUUGAUUCAGAACUAUAAUAACAUGGACACCUUUCAUAGUCGUUAAGAACACUUUUAAGUUUUUGAAACUAGUUAAUACCUAUUACAAACUUUUCUACUGUUAUACAGGUUUUAUUACAAACUAUAUUUAACUUAUUCAUUCAUACAUUACAAUAGUGUCAAAACUAUCUUGUAAUUCCAGUUAUAUGUCCAGUAAUUUAGCAGAUUUAGUGAGACGCAACACAAACGUACGAGCUGGACUCUGUUUAAAACGUUGCAAAGCUAUCAUGUAACUUUGUUCAUUUAAGUAGUGAAUUAAAGGUUCUUAUGUAAUUC